AUGAAGACAAUAGACAAGUCCGAGACAACUCAUUCAACCAACAAGCAGCUGUCACACGUGUAUUCCCCUGAUGUUGUCGAUGAUACUCCUACCCAAUUCGUUGCCGCAAACAAGCUACCUGAAGAGCACCAUUUCAACAUCCUCAAUCCGCCCAACCUUGCUUUCAAUCCUGCAUACGCUCUCGCGCUAUUGGACACAGAAAAUCCCGGGGCCUUCCUUAGCCCAGCCGAACUGAACCGUCUUCACCAGGAGGUCGCCAGUGCCUUCUCCUUGUGCGGUAGUCCAUCCACAGUCGCGCAGAACUCUCCUGGUGCCGCACAGUCGGAGCCUCCGCAAGAGCAGCCAUUCGAUGGUCGUCUCCUCGAGCCUAGCCAGACAUCUUCCCCCCAUGAAUACCUCGUAGCCGGUUUGCAUCAGACAUUGACACAAACGAGCCCCGAGGGCCACCAUGGGGAUGCAGCCGCAAGACAUCCAGCCGACCUCAUUGCGCAUGUACCGUCGGGAUCGCAGGAACAGCACUGGGGCUCUCCGUGGGAUGUGUCGGGCUAA